UCAUUUGACACCCGGAAGUGGCGUCACUCCAGGGGCGGAUCGAAAAGGUCCUCAAAACUUUUACUUUUUGUUUCUGCGCCUUGCCCUAUGGUACCUUCCGGGUGGCUGCGGACCUCUGAGACUGUAGGAAAAGCAGAUACCCGACCUGGUUGAGGACUUAUGUGGCAGUAUGGUACAAACUGUUUGUGGGGGUAACUAGUCUGUGGCGAUACCCACUAGCGUGGGAUUUACAGACAACAGCGAACUCCUGCGAGCAGGUUGAGCUUGAGGUGCGGCUGUGGCUGGGAAAUGGAAGCGUAUCAAUAUGGAAUUAAUACCAAAUUCUUAUUGUAAUACAUCUGACAUGGAUUCAGCCCUGGAUGAUGAUAUCUGCAUCCUGACCCAUGAGAAAGCCGACUGCAUGCAGAGGAGAGAUCAGCGCACUCCCUUCUCUGCUUCUUCUGGAGAGGCUUCUGUUGCCUCACAUUUUGCACUUGUCACCGCCUAUGAAGACAUCAAGAAACGCCUGAAGGAGACUGAAAAAGAAAAUUAUAGCCUAAAGAGAAGGUUAAGGCAACUGGAAGAAAAGCUAAGUGGAAACAAUGAAACAAGCAUGGUGGAGAAAAGUCUUCAAGAAAUGUAUAUUGAACGUGACAGUUUGCUAAACAGAUUGAAUAUUAUGGAAAAGGAGAGACUUGAAUGUACAAAAACUCUGAAUGAACAGCUGCAGUCAAAAGAACUGGAGCUACUUCAAAUACGAACUGAACUGGAAACUCACCAAGUCAUGAAAUCCUUAAACAAAAAUCCAAGUGACUGGGAGAUUGAGAAAAUGAACAAUGACUUAAAAAUGCGGUCACUAGAGCAGGAGCUUCAGUUGAGUCGGGAAGAAUGCCGACUCCUUAGAGCAGAACUUCAAAGAAAAAAGGAUUCAGCAGUGGACAUGAAUAGUUUGGACGAAUGUCUGAACCUUAUACCCGAGAGCGAGAGCAGCAUGCGGCAAGCGUUUUGGGAGCUGAAGAAAGAAAUGUCUAAUUUACAUCUGAUGACUGAAGUACAAGGCAAGGUGCUAAGAAAGCUGAAAGCCGCCGUAACUGCAUCCCAGAAAGCUUAUCAUACCGGUUCUGAACAAGAAGAUGAGUUACUUGCUGCUUGUGAUGUACCAAAAAUACCUAUACUUAGAAGUAGUAGUAAUGUUCCAGCACCCAAACCACAAGGACACAUAAAGCCUGGUUUCUCGCACUGGACACACGAGAGACCAAUUCCAGUAGGUGGAACAGACAGUGAAGAUAGUGAUUCCUACCAGAAGACAUCUUUUGGAGAAAGUUCCUGGGUGAUGCCAAGCCCUCCAAAACCUAAUGAAACAAUCUUCUGGGAGCCCAAAAAUGAUUCUUCAAAAACUUACGUAGCCCAUUAUUAUAAUGCUUAUGAUAACUUCAAUAGUUAAGAAAAAUGGUAAUUGCCAUAGAACGUCCUGAUUUCAUUGGUUCCACUGUUUUAAGCAUCAUGUUGCUGAUUACAGAUUUGACUCCUCUCCAGGACAACUUAUCGAAAGAAAAGGGUAGUAUGGCAACUGUUCUUCAGUGAAGAUACGAAUAAUGAAUGAUUUAUUGUCAUCUAUCCCUUUUACCUCUCAUAUUAGCAAUCAUUUAAUCAUCUUUUUGUGAUUUAUAUAUGAUGUAAGAAUAUAGAAAAUGUGAAGGUGACCAAUCUGGUAUUUUGGCUAAAUAUGAUUCUGAUUGGUUGGGUCUGUUCUUUUGUAAUCUGAUCUUGCAGUGACUAUAAGAAUUGGUUUCAGUGCACAAUCACCACCGGCCAUUGAUAGCAAUGUUUAUAUUCUUGUGUUUGGAAUGGCUUUUACACCAUCCCACAAGGUUGAUAAUGCUCAGUUUCAUUAAAAAAACUGUACUGGAAAACCAAUGUAGAUUCUAUAAGGGUGAAGUCUGCUAGCAAUUGUCACAGGUCACUCUUGGUGCCAUGGUGCUGCCUGAGUGACCAUGAUUCUAGCUUAGUGAAUCCAUUGCUGCUUUCUCUAGAAUCAGGUAUUGUUUCUGUUGCUGUUUUUGGGCUGAAACUUCUCUGUAUAUAGUUGUCAUGUGGCUUCGUUUUAUUAUGAUUUAUACAGGACUUGUCUCAACUCAUUGUAAGUGAUGGCACAACAUAGGUUUCCAAAGGAAAGAACUAUAUCAGAUGGUAGUUUUGCAAGAUCUUUCAAAUGAAAGGGCAAGUAAAGUUCCACAAAUAUUAAAUGCAUAAGUGAUAGCUGACUUAUCAGUCCUGGCAUUUUAAAGCUGUCCACAUUGGCUGGUCCUAUCCAAAUUUGAUAGCUAUAACUCUUAAUGCUUUUCCCUGAAAUAGUGUUUUAGGUAGUCAAAUUUCAUAACACCAUAGUUGAAUAGAAAGUAGGUUUUAUAUGCCCCCUUAGGGCUUGUACUCAUGAGUAUUCCUUUCUGCAUUUCCCUGCGGUGCACUCCUCUGUGUUUGGCGCUUACCUGCGCCUGUGUAAGUACAGGCGCAUUAGGAAUGAUGUGUUCCUUCCCUGCAGAAGAACGCUCCACAGAAAGGAACAUGAGCCCUAAGGAAUCAUUGGGCAACAAAGAAGAGCAUGAGGUGGGGGGGAGUGAUCCAAUCAGUAAGCUGGAAUUGUUGAGUAAGCAGCGUUUGAAUUUGCACAGUAUCCUACAAAACUGAGAAACAUUUAUAUUUAAUAUAUAUGUAUAACAUAAUAAGUGGUAUAUUUAAUGCUAGGAUUUAUACUGACAUCAUGGGAUAUUAUUAAACAGUAGGUAUGAGGGUUGGCUGAAUACUAAAAAGCAGCCAUGAUUAUUGUAUGAUUGCUAAGGAACCUUUGCACUCCCUAGAUCCCCAACUUGUAUUGUAUUGGCCUCUGCUCUCCACAUGUAAAAAGUACCUUUACUAAAGAUCAUGCCUUCUCUUUUUUUUUUUAACCAUUCCAUUGCUGGUGCAAAUAGCUUAUAGAAAAUAUACUAACUUUAUAUUUUUAUUGCAAUUGUAUGUUACUUUACAAAAUGUAAUAGUGAUUCAGAAUUCAGAUGAAAAUAUUGAUUGAGAAUAAGCACAAAAAAUAUAGUCAGUUGCUUUCAGUGGCCUAGUUUUACUUUUUUCCCUAUAUGCCAUAUCAAAAUAUAAUUUGACAAAAUUGUGAUAGACCCGAGUAGGGCACUCUUUUUAUUUACUGCCUUGAUGAUCUUGUCAUAUCUAUAAGAGUAAUGCAGUUUAAAGCUCGUGUCAGCCUCAAAAGCUGCAGAUAGUAUGUGUCAGGCUAGGACUGAGAUUCAAAAUAGGCACUGGCAUUUCCAGUACACAAGGCACAAACAGCCCCCUAAAUAGUGACUUACAGUAGCCCCUCUGCCAUUUGCCAGAAUUCAGAUUGCCAGUCCAGUUGUGCUACAUAUAAUGAAACACCAGAUGUGCUUGGUAUUCUUCUUUACUUGUUAUGUUUGUUGUAGAAAUGGUUGCUAUAGCUGACCAGACUGUAUGCCCUAAUUGUUGCUAGUCUUCCUUCUGUAGGCUGUUCUGACAAAUUUACAUGUGAUGCCCUAAGAUCAGUAUUAUUGUGUCAAAACAGAAAAAUAUGUUUAGCCAAUGCCUACAGUCACCACUUUUAGAAAGGAAGCCAUCGGCCAACCUAAGGCUACAUUUCCCUUGAGAUCUGUUCAUUAAAUACUUGGAAUUCAAAGGCACUUAGCACACUGGAGGUUUUAUAUUAUUUGUAUAUUAGCUUAGCAUUAUUUCAUUGGUUGGCCUGAAGUGUGGGGCUAUGCAACUUCCAUCAGAUUCAGGCAGUUUGCGCCUACCAUAGUAUGUAUAUUUGCACAACCUGCUGACCUCUCGUUUUUAUAGGGCACGGUACCUUAAAGUGGAACUAUCAUUCUAAUGAUAGAACCUUCUAAGCGAUAGAGCCGGCACUAGUUCCAGAAUAUUCUCAUGCUGGCUAAGCAGUUGCACAUUUUGACAAUGUUCCUGCUUGGAUAUCCGGAAGCUUGAAAGCAGGUUUAAAAAAACCAGAGAAAUUCUUUUUGGCAACCAGUAUUCACAAACAUCAUAGUACUGUUCCGCUGGAUUCUUGUAGACACUGAUCAUGUUUGAGCCUACGGUCUGUAAGUAAUGCAAAUGGUAUGACACGCUGAAACGCAUUGUGACCAAUGAAUAGAGCUGAGUCCCAAGGGAGUACAGCCUACAGCACAAUAAUAGAACACAAGCCAAUAUGCAUAAAACAAAUCCUACUCACUAGGCUUUAGCUGAUAAAAUCAACUACCUGUGUAAUAACACAGCAGAAGCAAGGAUUUCUCUGGUGGCCGCACUCAUUCUCUCUGAUCACUAAUGUAGCUUGCUGGGUUUUUUUUUUAUAUAAUUAGUCAGCUGGUCACGCUCUUCAAAAGCAAUGAGAAAGGCCUGAUUGCUCAUAUAAAUAGUGUUCACUUUUAUUUGUCUGUUGAAGUGUACAAGGAGAUGUGGUUUAUUAGCUAUCUGUGUAAUGAUGUCCGUGACUAUGAUAGAAGAUACAGAAUAUAAUAUAUGCUGGUUUGUAAAUACGUUUAUUUGCAUUAACACUGUAAACCUCUACAAUAAAAUGUUUAUUGAAAAAA